AUGAAGCCUCUUCCAUUUUGGCUCUCCAUCGUCAUUGGAAUCGCAUCGAUUAUACUUUUUCGAGAACACAUAUUGGGUAUAGCAUUCGCAACGGCCACGAGCCUAUUCAAUUCAUUGAGCAAUAUUCAGAACAGGAGCGUGUUCGACAUUGAAGCCAGGUCUUCGCAGCAACAGCCGCAGCAGCAAGAAUCGCAAGUAGACGACCACCUGUACGCCACCGACAUGUCUGUCCCUCGCGCGAUCCGCAAGGUCUUCCUGGCCGUCGAACAGGCCGAGGGCGCUGGUGCUCGCGUCCGCCGCUCCAUCGGCACACCUCAGCUCAAGAACUUUUCACCAUUUUUGAUGCUUGACCACUUCAGCAUCGCCCCUGGCUCGGGCUUCCCGGACCACCCCCACCGCGGACAGGAGACAAUCACCUACCUCCUCCACGGCGGCGUCGACCACGAGGACUUUGCCGGCAACAAGGGCACCAUUGAGGCUGGCGACCUGCAAUUCAUGACGGCCGGCCGCGGUAUCAUGCACGCCGAGAUGCCCAAGCAGAACCCGGAUGGCAGCGCCAACGUCGGCCUGCAGCUGUGGGUCGACCUGCCCAAGCACCUCAAGGCCUGCGAGCCGCGGUACCGCGACCUGCGGGCCAAGGAGAUCCCCACCGUCGACGUCGACGGCGGCAAGGUCCAUGUAAAGGUCAUCUCGGGCCAGAGCCACGGGGUCGACUCGGUGCGGGACCUGGCGUACACGCCGGUAUGGAUCUUGGAUAUCCAAGUCAAGCCCGGCGGCCAGAUCGCGCAGCCGGUGCCCAAGGGGUGGAACACCUUCGCGUACACACUUGAGGGGCAAGCCAUUUUCGGCGCGGGGACGCAGAAGAGGGUCGUGGACCAGUUCCACAAUGUCGUGUUUGAGGAGGAGGGCGAGAUUGUCAACGUCGAGGUCGAUGCCAGCGCGGAGAAGGAUGCGAGGUUCGUCCUCAUCGCCGGGACGCCUCUCGACCAGGAGGUCGUGCAGUACGGUCCAUUCGUCCUGAGUUCCAAGGCCGAGGUGUACCAAGCCCUGAUGGACUAUCAGACUCACUCCAAUGGGUUUGAGAGGGCUGAGGGCUGGCAGAGUGAGAUUGGAAAGACCAUGAUUGAAUGA